UGCUCAGUGUGCGCUGUGUGGUAAACCAGGGAAUGUUUAGCUAGCGUGAGGAGUUAUUAGCUUCAACAUCCUCGACCUUCGGGUGCCUGGUGUAGGCAAGGAGCCUUUUCUACACUAUUAUUUACUUGUAACUGAAAAUGUCCGUGUUCUCGGAGCCUGCUUUGGAGAAGAAAUUAUCAGAACUGAGUAACUCCCAGCAGAGCGUGCAGACCCUUUCCCUGUGGCUCAUCCACCACAGAAAACACUCCAAAACCAUCGUCAAAGUCUGGUAUAGCGAGCUGAAGAAAGCCCAGGUUUCUCGUAAGCUGACCUUCCUGUAUCUUGCGAAUGAUGUCAUUCAGAACAGCAAGAGGAAAGGACCAGAGUUCACAGACGACUUUGCGCCAGUCAUUGUCGAUGCUUUCAAACAUGUCUCCAGUGAAGGAGACGAGAGCUGUAAGAAACAGAUGAGUCGAGUUCUGUCCAUCUGGCAGGAAAGAGCCGUCUAUGAGAACGAUGUACUGGGCAAACUCUCUGACGUCCUGCAGGUAGAAAAGAAGGCCAAGAAAAGGCCUUAUGAAGAAAUUAAGGUGAACAACGAUGACUUCGCCUCCCAAAGCUCCCCUGGUGAACCUCCACAGACGGCAGAUCUGAUCCGAGCACUACAGGAGCUUGAGAACGCGGCCUCGAGUGACGCAGCUCUCCGUCAGCGGAUCUCUGCUCUUCCUCCAGAGGUGCAGGACACAUCCCUGUUGCACAAGGUCACAGAUAAAGAGUCAGGAGAGCGUCUCUCUCGGCUGGUGGAAGAGGCCUGCAUGCUUCUAGCCGAUUACAGCGGGCGGCUGGCGGCAGAGAUCGAUGAUCGGCGGCAGCUCACACGCACGAUCGCCGUAUUUUUGCAGAGUCAGAGAGACGGCCUGGCCCAGAACGAGCAGAAACUAGAAGAAUACAAGCGCAAACUGGCCCGAGUGUCUCAGGUCCGGAAGGAGCUGCGGUCUCGUCUCGGCAGUCUCCCGGAUCUCUCCCGGCUCCCGAGCGUCACGGGUGGCCACGUCCGCCUGCCGUCCUCCGGCGAUCUUUACAGCCCCUCAAACUGUAUGUCCUCAGGUGAGAUUAAGAAUGGUAAACAUUGUCACGAUAACAGCCGUGCCCAGGAGGACCGAGAACGAGAGAAAAAGCUUGCCAAGAAACGUCUAUACAUUGUUUCAGCAGUAUGUCUGGUCUUUAUGGUGGGCGAGAUAUUAGGUGGGUAUUUUGCUGGAAGUCUGGCAGUGAUAACAGAUGCCGCCCACCUGCUCGUGGACCUCACCAGCUUCAUCAUCAGUUUGUGCUCGCUGUGGCUGUCGUCCAGACCUGCUACACGCACCUUAAAUUACGGCUGGCAUCGAGCAGAAAUCCUGGGUGCUCUGCUGUCCGUCUUCACUAUUUGGCUGGUGACUGGUGUUCUGGUGUAUCUGGCAGUGGAAAGGAUCAUUGACGAUGACUUCACUAUUGAGGGCACUGUGAUGCUCAUCACUUCUGGCUGUGCUGUACUGGCCAACAUAAUAAUGGCACUCACUCUUCAUCAGUCGGGUCACAGCCAUAGUCACGGUGGGCUGAGCGGCGGUCACAGUCACGACCAUGGAAGGAAUGGCCACAGCCAUUCUAACGCUAACCAAUGUGACGUAGAGGAUCAAGGGUCUGGAAAAAGACAACAAGCUAAUGCUAGCGUAAGGGCAGCAUUUGUCCAUGUGAUUGGAGACCUUCUGCAGAGUGUCAGUGUGCUUGUCAGUGCCCUCAUCAUCUUUUUUAAGCCUGAAUAUAAAAUUGCAGAUCCCAUUUGCACCUUUCUGUUCUCUCUGUUUGUCCUGGGCACCACGUUCACCAUCAUGAGGGACAUUAUUAUCGUCUUAAUGGAAGGUACGCCGGCUGGUGUGAACUAUAACGAGGUGAGAGAGCACCUGCUCCGAGUAAAGGGUGUUAAAGCUGUGCACAACCUUCACAUCUGGGCCCUGACAAUGAACCAGACUGUGCUCUCCGCUCACGUGGCUAUAGAUGAUACCGUAGAGCCACAGGCCGUGUUGAGGGAAAUGACCCAGGCCUGUUUCACCGCAUACAGUUUCCAUUCGGUAACCAUUCAACUGGAGCAACAGGCGGACCAAAGGCCUGACUGUAGCCUCUGUCAAGACCCCACAAAGUGAAACACCCAGAGACUAAUCCAAAGGCAUAAAAGACCCAUGAAAGAGACCAUUUCAAAAGGAUUAUUAUCAAAACAUAAAUGGAGUAGACUGAGUCCAUCAACACCCCC